CAGCAGGGAAGUGAGACCUUCAGAGUCAACGGAUCCUGGAACUGUCGAUCCGACACAACAACAGCAUACUGAUAACUGGUUGUUAAAGCGAGCACUGGACAAAGAAACGCCUCCUAUGAAGAUUGAAGUCAGAGGAGAAGCAGCUACACAUCGUUUUCAGGCAGCAUGAACUCCCUCCCAGGAAGAGCCGCCCUGUCUCUGUGCAGACGCUCCGCAGCAGCGGGCGGGAUGAGGGUCCUCUCCCCGGGGCUCCAGGCUGCGGGCAUGCCGGCCUCCGUGCAGGCUGUCCGGGUCUGCCACUCCGGGACCAGUCCUAAGGGCAGCAUCACCACCAAGAAGCGGGGAUACGACAUCACCAGAAACCCACACCUCAACAAGGGCAUGGCGUUCACUCUGGAGGAGCGCCUCCAGCUGGGCAUCCACGGCCUGCUGCCGCCAUGCUUCCUCUCCCAGGAUGUGCAGGUGCUGCGUGUCAUGAAGAGCUACGAAACCCGCAUCAACCCUCUGGACAAGUACAUCCUGCUGAUGACGCUGCAGGACAGGAACGAGAAGCUGUUCUACAGAGUCCUGACCUCUGACAUCGAGGAGUUCAUGCCCAUCGUCUACACUCCCACGGUGGGCCUGGCCUGCCAGCAGUACGGCCUCGCCUUCAGGAGACCACGAGGACUCUUCAUCACCAUCCAUGAUAAAGGCCACAUCGCCACCGUGCUCAACUCCUGGCCUGAAGAAGACAUUAAGGCCGUUGUGGUGACAGACGGGGAGCGUAUCCUGGGUCUUGGGGACCUUGGAGGUUACGGGAUGGGCAUCCCUGUUGGGAAGCUGGCGCUGUACACGGCCUGCGGGGGGGUGAAGCCUCAGCAGUGCCUCCCUGUGCUGCUGGACGUCGGCACCAACAACCAGGCGCUGCUCGACGACCCUCUGUACAUCGGACUGAAGCACAAGAGGAUCCGAGGAAAGGAAUACGACGAGCUGGUCGAUGAGUUCAUGCAGGCAGUGACGGACAAGUACGGGAUGAGCUGUCUGAUACAGUUUGAGGAUUUCGCCAACAUCAAUGCCUUCCGCAUUCUGAAUAAAUACAGGAACAAAUACUGCACCUUCAACGACGACAUCCAAGGCACGGCCUCAGUAGCUGUCGCCGGGAUCCUAUCUGCUCUGAAGAUCACCAAGAACACACUCUUAGAUCACACCGUGGUUUUCCAGGGGGCCGGAGAGGCUGCUCUGGGUAUUGCUCACCUCCUCAUGAUGGCCAUGGCUAAAGAGGGAGUGAGUAGAGAAGAAGCUGCCAAGAGGAUCUGGAUGGUGGACUCCAGAGGGCUCAUUGUGAAGGGCAGAGGCAACCUUAACCACGAGAAGUUGGAAUUUGCUCACGAUCACCCGCACAUUAAGACCCUGGAGGAGGUGGUGGAAACCGUCAAACCCACCGCCAUCAUCGGAGUGGCAGCUAUCCCAGGAGCCUUUACUGAGAAGAUUAUUAAAGGCAUGGCGUCCUUCAACGAGAGGCCGAUCAUCUUCGCUCUGAGUAAUCCCACCAGCAAGGCCGAGUGCACCGCGGAGCAGUGCUACAACCUCACUGAGGGCCGGGGCAUCUUCGCCAGUGGCAGUCCGUUCGACAAAGUGACGCUAGCUGACGGGCGCAGCUUCAUCCCCGGCCAGGGAAACAACGCCUACGUCUUCCCCGGAGUCGCUUUGGGCGUUAUUGCCUGUGGAGUGCGCCACAUAUCUGACGACAUCUUCCUCACCACAGCAGAGGCGAUAUCUGAGAUGGUGACGGAGGAGAACCUGGCUGAGGGGAGGCUGUACCCUCCUCUGAGCACCAUCAGAGAGGUGUCCUUCAAGAUCGCAGUGAAGAUUGUCAACUAUGCAUACAAAAACAACAUGGCUUCUCUGUACCCUGAGCCAAUAGACAAGGAGGCGUUUGUCCUGUCUCACAUCUACAGCCCAGAUUACGACUCCUUCACUCUGGACAAAUACAGCUGGCCGGAGGAGGCCAUGAACGUCCAGGACGUGUGAUUUCUGUCUGUCUCUAUCCUUAAAUCAAUAUGCUACGACCGCGUAUCAGGGCCAUCGCAGGUGAAGACAAAUUAAAACUACACAAAAGUGAAGGCACUUAAUUAAAAAGGAAAAACCCCACUAUUUUUCAAGGUUUUUUUUCUCUCGUAAAUGUGUGGCUUUAUGAUUUCUGAACUUCGAUUUAUAGUUUUAUGAUUUCAGAGAACAUUACAAUAUUUUUCCUGUGAGUUUUUCUCGUACAUUUACAAGUUUUAUCUUUAUUUUGAAUUGUUUCUACCUUAAAUGGCCCUGAUACUCCGUCCUACUAUGCUGCCGUGGUGUAAAGUACAAGUUAUGCAUCGCCUCUACCCAGAAACUUCUCCAAUUAUUCUCUAAUAUGUUAGUGCCCUCCUUGCAGACGUACAGUGAUCCAUAUAAUAGAUGCCAAACUGUUAUUCUCUAUGACCUUUUAUGUGUUAUAUUGUCAAGUACAAGUUUCUAUUUCCUCUUUCAGUGCUUUAAUUGUUGUCUUUUCAGUUCUCUGUACCAGUUUGAAGGAUUGAAUGAGUGAAAUACUCUAAGCUGCAUACACACCCAGUAUAUCAAAUGUCAUUAGCUAUAACUACAUCUAUACACAUUAGAUUAUCAAGCUGUUCACGCAACGCUAAAUUAAUUUUGACAGCUAAUGCAGGAAAUCAGAGAGCAGAUUCUCACAGCAACGCACAAUGCUUCCUCUUGUCUUGACACAAAUCUACAGAAGACUCAUUUUGUAACUUGAAACAUUGAACAAACUCUGUGCCUCGUCCUGUGUGACCUCAGGACAUCACUGCUCCAUGUUCUGACUAUAAUUGUUCAGUGGUUCACAAAGAGGACAAAUGUGGCUCGACACUGUAGCCACUUCUCCAAUUGUACACUCCCAUCUGUUCACGAGACUAAAACACUCCACAGUCAGCCUGUCAUUCUGUUUCCCCGCGAGAGUCCGUUCUUCUGGAUGGAAAGCACUUUUGUUCUCUUGAAUGUGUUCAGAAAAAGCACCUUCAGGAUGUUUUUUGUAUACAAUGGUGUGUUAUUCCUCUAGUUUUGUACAGAGCCUUAUGCUUGUUGUGGUGUUUUUGCCAAAAGUUAUCGAUGAACUGUAUAUUUUACAGUGUCUUUAACUCCUAGCCAACAUGAUGCUCUGCCAGCUUUAGUACCGGCAGAUAUGCUUGAAGUUUUUAAAGGGAACAUGAAACUUUUUGAAUAAAAUGGUCAACUAAA